AUGCAGGCACCCAUGAUAUCAGCGCCUCUGAAGGCGACAAACGAAAUAGACUGGAUCCAGCCCCUGAAGCAGUAUAUCCGGCAGACAUAUGGAGAUGAUCCAGAGCGCUAUGCAGAAGAGUGCGCAACUUUGAACAGGUUACGGCAGGACAUGAGGGGGGCGGGGAAGGAUAGUGCUGCUGGACGAGACUUGUUAUACAGAUACUAUGGGCAGUUGGAACUACUCGACCUUCGAUUCCCGGUUGAUGAGAACCACAUAAAGAUAUCCUUCACAUGGUUUGAUGCGUUUACACACAAACCAACUUCGCAAUAUUCCCUGGCAUACGAAAAGGCUUCUAUAAUCUUCAACAUUUCUGCUGUACUGUCAUGCCAUGCAGCGCAUCAGACUCGUUCCGAAGACUCUGGCCUGAAGACGGCAUAUCAUUCAUUCCAAGCAUCGGCGGGCAUGUUCACAUAUAUCAACGAGAAUUUCUUACAUGCCCCAUCUACGGAUCUUAGCCGGGAUACUGUCAAGACUCUCAUACAGAUUAUGCUUGCACAGGGCCAGGAGGUCUUCUUAGAAAAGCAGAUUGCUGAUGGUAAGAAGGUUGGGCUAUUGGCGAAGCUCGCAAGUCAAGCGGCAUAUCUCUACGCACAAGCUGUCGAAGGAACUCAGGAAAACGUUAAUAAGGCUAUUUUUGAGAAAGUUUGGCUUUUGGUUGUUCAGAUCAAAUCCAACUACAUGGCUUCAUUAGCCCAGUUCUACCAGGCGAUGGCUGAUGAUGAUGCAAAUUCCCAUGGAACGGCCAUUGCGCGACUACAAGCUGCCGAGACUGGUGCGAAAGAAGCUCAUAAGCUGGCUAAUAGCUUUCCUGGAAAUGUGCCUGCAAACUCAAACUUGACAUCAGAAACGGGUACCGCCUUGGUUGAGAUCACCAAACGUCAGCUUACAAAUGUCCAAGAAAAGCUCACAGAGGUCAUCAAGGACAACGACUACAUUUACCACCAGACUGUUCCCGCAGAAGCUGCUCUUGCUGUCAUUCCAAAACUUCCGGCUGCAAAAGCAAUACCAGUUAGUGAGUUGUAUGCUGGUCAGGAUAUUCAAAGAAUCACAGGACCCGACAUUUUCCAAAAGAUUGUGCCCAUGUCUGUAACUGAAUCAGCAAGUUUAUACGAUGAAGAGAAAGCAAAGCUGGUACGGGCCGAGGCGGAGCGGGUGGAGACAGCUAAUAGCGAGAUGGCUGCCAGCCUCGACUAUUUAAGGUUGCCUAAUGCUUUACAGGUACUCAAGGGCGGGUUUGAUCAAGAGUUGACAGCGGAUGACGAAUUCCGAGGCUGGUGUGACGAUGUGGCAAAUCAUGAUGGACCGGCUUCGACGUUUGAUUUCUUGAAGUCAAGUAAAGAAGGUAUUGUGACUGUCCUAGACAGAAGUACGAGGCAGUUGGACAUGGAGGAGAGCGUGUGUGAGAAAAUGCGGUCCAAGUACGAGGGAGACUGGACCCAGCAACCGAGUUCUCGUUUGACUUCGACCCUGAAGAGCGACAUUCGGAACUAUCGAGAUGCUUUGGAUGAAGCUGCCCGAAGCGACAAUCAACUAUACUCCAAAAUGCGGCAGCAUGAAGUUGACUUUGACGAGAUGCGGUCAGCUGGUGAGAUUGGUGAAGCGGAUGUGCUGUUCCAGAAAGCCUUGAUACAGGUGGGUGGCAAAUCGAAGAACGUUGGAAGUCCAAUAGGGGGAGAGGGCAAUCUGCUAGAUGAUGAUUUCGAAGAUCGAGGUCUGAGUGUGAUGGACCAGAUAGCAAAAGUGGAGGAGAUUCUGAAAAAGUUGAACUUGAUCAAGCGUGAACGGGCUCAAGUGUUGAAGGAUUUGAAAGAGAAGAUUCAUAACGACGAUAUUUCACAGGUGCUGAUAUUGAACAAAAAGUCAAUUUCAAAUUAUGAGAAUCAACUAUUUCAGGCAGAGCUGGAAAAAUUCAGACCACACCAAAGCCGCCUCUUAUCAGCGAACCACAAGCAGUCAUCUCUCAUGAAGGAGCUCACUUCAACCUUCAACACAUUACUGCAGGACAAGCGUGUCCGAUCAGAACAGAGCAAAUACGAAAGCAUAACCAGGCAAAGAUCUUCCGUAAUGUCCAAGUACAAGCGAGUGUAUCAGGAAUUUCUCGAUCUUGAGGCCGGACUUCAGGCGGCCAAGCAAUGGUACAGCGAGAUGAAAGAUACGGUGGAUAGCCUAGAUAAAAAUGUUGAGACGUUCGUCAAUAAUCGACGAUCCGAAGGAGCUCAGCUUCUUAGCCAAAUCGAGCAGGACCGAAAUCGGAAUGCUAGUGGCGAGGCAGAAAGGGAACGCGAACGUCUGAGGGGACUCAUGGAACGCAUGUCAAUGGAUCCAUCCACAUCACCGUCAACAAACAAACCUCCUCGAGCACAGUCAGUCUCCUACAACUCUUCCUCUCCAUCUGCCAGAUAUCCCCAAACCAAUCUCGCUGGGCAGUACCAAGUUCCAACCUCACCGCCACCACAAUCGGCACACCCUCAGUCGGCCCACCCAUCAUUUGGUGGUCCGCAAAAUGGUUCUUUCUAUCCCACGCAACAACAAGCAAGGCCAGAUCCAUAUGCUCAGAAGCCAACACCACAGCCUCAAGAUGGCUAUAACCCUGGCAUGUACCCACCGGUAUCGCCACCUCCAACUCAAACAUCCUUUUCGCAGAGCCAAACAAACUUUCGACCGAUGCAUCAGCCACAAGGUCAGCAGCAAUAUCUUCCCCAAGGAUACAUUCCGCCACCACCCCCUCGCGGCCCUCCACCCCUUGGCCCACAGCAAACUUUCCAGCAACCUGGAGCGCCUCAAGGCGAUUAUGGGUAUGGUAACCAGCAACGACCUAAUCAGCCACAGCAGCAACAGAGCUCUAGUGAUCCAUGGGCAGGACUGAAUGCGUGGAAAUAA